AUGCUUCGUCGCGCUGUUGGGCCACAGGCCUCGCGGAUUUUGGCGAGGACGUCGAGUUCGGUCCGCUGCUUCACCAACUAUGACCACAUGAAGUACCCUGUGGAUCGUCAGGCCUUUUUCUGUGUUCUUGGGUACUUUCUCGUGAUGUGGAUGAUUAUGGCGCGCACGGGCAGCCUCUUCACGAAGCGCUCGGAGUACAAGCGGGAAUACUUCCGCGUCUGGGUUCGUAAGCUCGGCACGGGCUACCAGUGGUCUGACGCAUGGGGACCGCAGAUGGACACGGUAUGGAAGAACGUCCCGGACCGCGUGGAGUAA